AUGUUGCCCUCAUCCCGUAACGUUCAACACGCACCGCCGGUCGGUGUCCCCCAGCACCUCCCCGUGGCUGGCUCAAGUCGCCUAGCAGCGGAAACCCCAAUGCAAGAUACCCCGACCAAACGAGAUCUACCGCGGAAGAGGUCUUUCCACCGGACGAGAAGGACGUCAACAUCUAUGCGUUUGCCGGGCUGCCACGAGUUGCUGAACGGUGUGCCUGCGCCCGACUCUUUGUGGGCGAGGGCCGGCGACGGCUCACCCUCCGGCGGCAAGGUUCCCCUCCUCGACGGGUUCAUGCAACCUACACGGUCCUCCGUAGGCUCAAGCCAGCCCAGAACACUGAGCGUACCUGAUAGCAUCCACCCGGUGGCGCGCCCAGAUGACGCUCCCCCGCCGUUUAGGACCCCGCCAGUAGACAACCCGCCCGCUGAGGCUUCCCCAGCUUUAUUGUUCUCUUCGUUGCCGUCUUCACGCCCAAGCUUUACCACAGGCCCUACUCUCGAUCAACAGCCUGCUGGAUCUCUCAUGCCCUACAAGCACAAAAAUAUAGCUCGGUACUCUCCAUACGCUAGCUCGAUUGGUUCUUCAUGGUCUCCGCCAUCAUCUGCGAGCUCUUUUCUCAGCCUAGCUAACGCCACCUCCUCGCGAGUUGCGGGCGCACGUCUUGAGAGCCCAGGAUUUUUCGCCUCGCCUCCGCCGUUCACACCUUCCCCACCACACCACGCACGUGAUCUUAUUAACCACAACCCAACUACGCCGCCACUCGGCCGCCUUCGCCCGGUGGACCCUUCAUGGUGCGCCGAGUCUGAGCAUCAAGGACCAAGCCUUCGCCACGCAUCUACGAACUCCGCAUCGACGUCUAGCACGCAACGCGAAGACGACGAUAUGUCUGACGAAGACGAAGGGAUCGUCGUGCCGCGCAAACGGAAGCGCGCUCCCGGCCGAGGCAAACCCGAAGGCGAGGCGCACACUACUGCGCUCGAUAACGCUCCGCCGCCGUUCAAUCUCGACCAAGCGUCGUACACCAUCCUCAAGGACCAUCUCUGGAUUCGUGACGGUGUAAUGCCCCCAUCAUUCCACUGCCUCUGGCGUGGUUGCCACUUGCGGGUAUCAACGGGUGAGAGUCAAAUCCCGACGCAUUACACCGACGUACAUAACCUCGCGCCCGGCUCUACUCGCGUUCGCUGUCGCUGGGUCGAUAAUAAGGGGAAGAUGUGCACGGCGCAUACUUCAUUCCAUAACUACCGCUUACACGUCCUCGACGUGCAUCUGCGCGUUAACAUUGGUCGCUGCAAGAUUUGCAACCACCUCAUGACGAACGACGGCGGCAUGAAACGCCACCUCAAACGAUGCCUCCGGAUGCGUACAGUGGACGAGAUGUGGCAACAAUACGGUGUACAUAUUGUGCUACCGCCGCCCGGAGUCGAGGGCGCCGAGGGCCGGUGUUACAUCCCUCCUUGA